AUGCUCAAUCGGUUCUCCAGCGCCGUCCACACGGCCGUGUCCGGCGCCGCGUCCGCAGCCGUCUCGGGCGCCCAGAACCUCCAGGGGCUGCUAAGCGAAGAGUACCUCAAGCACUACGAGACGCCUCGGGACUGCACGGCGUCGGGGGGCCACGAGCUGCUGUGGAAGAUCUUCCCCGCGGUCCAUCGCAAGACCAAUCACGAGUACAGUGUCUUUCUCUUUGACAAAGAAGAGCUCAAGCGGUUCAAGAACAAAGCCGCGCAGGACCGCGUGCUCGAGAUCCUGCGGCAGGAGAUGAAGACGCUCCGAGUGCUGCGGCACCCGCACGUGCUCAAGGUCGAAGAGGUCUAUGAAGAGAGCCGACGCUCGCUCUGUUUCGUGACCGAGCGCGUCACGUGCUCGCUGGCCAAUGCCUGCAAGAACUUUAGCAACAUCUUGAACGUGACGCCAGAGGUGCUGGAGAUUGGCUUGACUGAGUUUGAGCUCGCUUGUGGCCUCAUGCACGUGGGCGAAGCGCUGAGUUUUUUGCACCGAGAAGGCCGUCGCGUGCAUCUGAGUCUCGGACCGCAGAGUGUCUUUAUUACACCCAAGGGCGAGUGGAAGCUUGCUGGCAUGGGCUUUUGUCGGGUCGUUGAGCCUGGACAGACCUCAAGGAGUGAAUAUUACGGCGGAGAUGCGUCGACGGGGGGCCGAAAUCCCGUGACGGGAGUCAUUGAGGGAAGCUGGGAACCGUUGCUCGAGUAUUGUGCCCCAGAGUUGGUGACCGAACCGAGGCGGUUCGACAGCAAAGCAGAUAUGUUUGCACUGGGUUUGCUCGUCUAUGAGCUCUUUGUGCCGCCACGCGCAGAUGGAGGACGCAACCCCGUGCUUGACGUACGCGAUGGGAACAAGAUGACGCAUGGCUACAAGGUACAGUCGCUGCAUCCAAUCGCGUUUCCACCCUCGGUCCCGACGGCGUUGCAGAACACGAUCCGUUCGUUGCUAUCGUUGGAUCCGACGCAGCGUCCUGAAGCCCGUGCAUUUCUAGCAUCGCCGUUCUUCGAUUCGGGUCCGAUCAAAACACUCCGGACGCUGCAAAGUCUAGUUGAACUGGAGCCGGCGGCACAGGCAAAAUUUCUGACGACGCUACCUGAAGCGAUCGACGGCUUCUCGCCGCGUGUGCUGCGUGACAUGGUUAUCCCGGGGCUUCACUCAGUGGUGAUCAACAAGGCCGUGGCUCCGUUUGUGAUCACGCCGCUGCUCAAGAUCGUGGCCAAGGUCGACAAGCAGACCUUUUCGUACUCGAUCGCGCCAAUGAUGAUCCCGCUGCUGGCGAUAGCCGAGCCGGUUCAGUGCAUGCUGAUGUUUGUGUCGGAGUUAGAAACGCUCAUCCCAAAAGCCGAAGACGGCUACAUUCGCGACCACAUUGUUCCGAUGUUGUGCCGUGCACUCGACAGCACUGUGCCUGAAAUUCUUGACACGGUGCUGAACAAGAUUGUGGAUCAAGCCAGUUUGUUCGAGUACCGCAUCUUAAAGCAGGUGAUUUUGCCACGGGUGAACAAGGUCAUUCUUUCUCCACCGCAACCAUCUGUGCGGAUCAAUGCGUUGCUCUGGUUGGCAAAGUCGUUCCACGUGUUUGACAAGGAUCUGCUCAUUGAGAGCGUACUGCCUACGCUAAAGCAGACUCUUCAAGCUGACAAGACACCCGCCGCAUGCAUGUGCAUCCUUGGGUGCUACGACAACCUCGGCAAACACCUCGGUCCAGAGUUUGCCGCAACGCUGAUUAUUCCUGCGGUGGCUCCGCUGUUGUGGGAAAAGAGUUUGAGCAACGCACAGUUUGACAUGGUGUGCGAGAAGAUUCAGGACAUGCUGAAGGCCGUGAUCAACGAACGUGACAAGUCGUUUACGUCUGAAAGUUCGGUCCACAGCGUGGCGACAGGCAUCACUGCAGCAUCGGGUAUGUCCGGUGCUAUUCGUGCCGCAGAGGCUUCGAAGGAGCGUGAGUCAGGCGCUGCGGCAGCUAACAAACUGCUGUCCGAAGAGUAUGUUGCGAAGAAGAAGCAGCCCGAGGCCACGAAUCAGAAGCCCGAGCGAUAUUCGGACGAUCCGUUUUAUCUGGGCAAGUCGAGCCCACCUUCUGGCAGGAGUAGAACUGUGAGCUCCGGGGCAGAACGGCGUGGCUCAGCUGGCCACCGUGAGUCACUAACCGAGCGUGCGGAACCAACUUCAACACGCCGCCGGGUGAGCAAGAAGGGCACCGCACGGUCAAAUCGCCGAGCAGGCAAGAAGGAUGAUGGGAACGCCGAUUUGCUUUGCAUCGACUCGGCUGCUAUCAAGUCGUCGAGCGCACCCAAUGACCUUCUUGACACAGGAAGUCUGGUGGCUGCUUUGCCUGCUGCCCCCGCUUCUACAGGCGUUGGAGGGGGCAUGUUUGGCGGCAUGAGCAUGUCUUCAAGCGGUGGUGUGGAGUCAGCAUACGCGAGCCAGACUGCUCUGGGUGUACAGCCUAACGCAAUGGGGUUGCAGCAAGGCAUGGUGCCCUACGGUCAAAGUAUAAGUACUGGAAUGAUGGCGGCACAACAGCUGCAGCCGAACAAUCCGGGCAUGUUGCAAAUGACUCCAUACGGCCUGCAACACCAAGAUCCCCUACGCAGUGGCGGCUAUGAUCAAACCAACGUGGGGCUUGCUGGACCGGGGCAGGUGCUGCAGAUCCAAGCCGCCCCUGGUUACACCGGUCAAUACGCACAACCGCAGCAGCAAAGUGGGGACAAGUUUAGCGCUUUCGACGGGUUGUAA